AUGAACUUUGAACAGGCAAGAGAAGGCACUGGUUCAGUCAAGUGUCCGUUUCCCAACUGUGACACCAAAAUCAUUUCUUACACGGAGCCCUUACGUGAAUCUGUUGUCCAAAUUCCCAGUGCCCCUGAAAUGGUGAAUUUAGAAAAAACCCCUUCCUCAUCCAAAUUCUUUAGGAUAUCAGAUAUGUGGGACUUUGACAACAUUGGCGUCUCAAGGCCCCUUGAGCAAUAUACUGACUUCAAGAUUGACAGCCAGACCUUCGACAUAGAGAGGAUCUUGAUAUGCUCAGAGUGUGAUAAAGGUCCCAUUGGAUUUGCUGGCCAUUUCAAUCACGACACCGAAAAACUGCCCAAUACGCUAACGUAUUUUUUGUCGUGUAACAGCAUGGUCUACCUGGGUCAAUGA